AUGUAUGAAGAAUUACUUGGUAUUAUGAAGACUGCUACAUACACGAGGCCCGCCUGGUGUGCUAUGCUCACCAUGGAACUCCAGCCAGCCGUGCACAUGCAACACAUGGGGCACGGCCUGGCUGCUGGCGACCAGCAUCACCAGAUCCUGAUGCCCAACAACCAAAUGCACAUGCAACACCAGGAAGACGAAAACAAAAAGAAACAGCGCGACUACCGACAUCAGAUGCCUUACGAAUCUGAAGACGGGGGACAUGGAUCUCAGAGCGGAAUGAGCGGAGACGUCGAAAGCAACUUUGGUUUAGCAGCUAAGCCUUAG